AUGUCUUCAUUCAAUCCCUUAACUUCUAUCCUAAAUCAAAAUAAAUUAGAAGGCCCUAACUAUAUGGACUGGAAACAUAAUUUGGAUAUUGUUCUUACUGCUAAGGACUUUAAAUUUGUAUUGAUUGAGGAAUGUCCUGUUAAGUCAGAUGAACUUACUGAUGAUGAGAUUAAAAUCCACGAUAAGUGGGUUAAGGCUGAUGAGAUGGCAAGAUGCUACAUUCUUGCCUCUAUGGUAAAUGUGUUGCAGCAUCAACAUCAAUUCAUGACUACUGUUCACGAUAUGCUUGAAUCUCUCAAAGAGAUGUUCGAUGAGCAAAAUCAUGUUGCAAAGCAGAUGGUCAUUAAAGAACUUUUGACCACGAAAAUGCUUGAAGAAACAUCGGUGAGGGAACAUGUUCUUAAAAUGAUAAGUCUAUUGAAUGAGCUGGAAAUUCUUGGUGCAGUUAUUGAUACGGAAUCUCAAGUUGAGAUGGUCCUGCAGAUUCUGCCGAAAAGUUUUCAGCAGUUUUUCUUGAAUUAUAACAUGAAUAAGAUGGACUUAUCUCUUGCGAAACUGUUGAAUGAGCUGCAAGCGGCAGAAUCUAUCACUAAGCAACAAGCUCCUCUUGCGGUAUUGAUGGUUGACAAACCUUAG